CGGAAGUUGGUCAGACUCGCUUUGAGGUUAAGGUGAACGGAGUAACAAUACCAGUAUUAUGAUGAGAGCUAGUCUUAUCUCGAGUUUCAUUUUCAUUGUAACACACGGAAACAUUGCUUUUAACAAUAUCUAGCGGAUUAUGUUUCUAUACAACAUCCUAUUUCUAUGAAUUUUGAUCGGAUGUAUGGAAGCUCCUGAAUUCCAUUAUCAGGAUAUCAUUAAUGAAGAUGGCUGAUGGUUGUGACUCGGCUGAGUCAUGGAACUCCAGGCCAUUUGUAGAGAGGAAGGAGGUUAUGGACUGGCUAAAGGAGGUGUACACUACAAGACAAGCUACAGGAAACCCCCAGAAUCAUCGGUACAGAAUCAUCGGUAUUCACGGGAAAAAAGGGGUAGGCAAGUCUUGCGUAAUGCAGCAGUUUUUGCAGCAGAUUCAACAUGAUACUUCAAGAAAUGAAACAGUGCACGUUGAAUCGUUUGACUUUGACAAAGUCAGAAGUUUCCAAAGCUUUUUAAAUAGACUUUGUACUUUUUUCGGAGUUGAAAUGCAUAAAUGGAGAAAAGAAUCGGGCAAUAAUAUUGAUGACGAUGAGGAGGAGGAGGAAGACUUUAUUGAAUGCAUGAGUCAGAUUGAGAGAAAAAUGAAGGAUAACCCUAGCAACAAGUUUAUUGUCUUUCUUGACAACAUGGAAUGUGCCUGUGGCAAGGCUAAAACUGACGGGACGGCACCUGACAUGUCUAAGGUAUUUCUCUGGGACAAGAUCUAUAAAGAAUUCAUCCACAAUCUUCUACCAAAGUGUCACAAUUUAUUGGUGUUCAUAACGUCCACACAGACGGCUAGGUUUGCGGAGUUCGGCAGAUAUGCCUGUAAAAUGGACUUGAAGGAAAUGACUGAAGAAGAAGCAGAAUGUCUGCUAUGGAAGCAAGUUCAAACGGUCAUAACAGAAAAAGGAAGUUUGUCCUCAAUUGUUCGCUUGUGUGAUGGUCUGCCACCAACUAUCAUAAAAGCAGGUGCCAUGCUUUGUGAUGAAGAAUACACACAUGAAGAAAUAGCUGAUCUAUUGAAAGACUUUAAUAACAAGAGGGGUUUACAUGGUGAUGAUCUGUUUCCCAAAGAUGAUCGCUAUGAUGAGCAACUGAAGAAAUUUAUAAACCGCCUUUCUGAUCAAAACAAGAGAAACCUGAAGUCUCUCGCUGAGAUGAUCAAUACACAGGGACAAGUUGGAAUUGAAGAUGCUGCUUCAAAACUUAAAUUUGACCGGAACACUGCUGUGUUUAAGUUAAGAUUCCUACUUCCACUGCGGUUCAGAGGGAUGGUUGAGGUUGACACGAAAACUAGAAAAAUCAGCAUGAAUAAGUUUUUUUGUCAGUUUGUCCUGAGCUGUGAUAUCAAAGGAAAUGUAGGAAAAGAGGAUGCUGUAAGACCACCCUGUGGAUAUUCCCCAACAAGUGGUGGACGGAUUAGUCCACAUGGACAUAGCACAAACCCUUCAGAUGAUGGUGAUGAUUCUGAUGAUCAAGGCCCUUCUGCAAACCACUUGAUUUUAGCAAGCCAUCAUUCCCAUGAUAAGUCUACUCGUCUCCUAGAGGACCAGAAUUCCCAUGAUGAUGCUGACAAUCAACCCACAGCUGCAUAUCAUAUGACUGUUCCAAGCCAUUGUACCCAGGAUGCUUCUAGUCACCUGCUGGAAGAGGUGUCAAUGACUCGAAAACUGGAACCAAAUGAAGCAAAGAUGGAAGGUCAGCAUUUUGGAAAUAGGGAAGAGAAACCUAAUUAUGAUAUAACAGUGACCAACCAGAGCUCUGAGAAUAUCGCCAACACAAUAAUGGGGAAUAACGAUCUAUCUCCGGAGAAAUCCACCAACGGCAAUGUCCCUAGGAACAUAGCACAACCAAACCAAGAUUUAGGAAGUAACGGAAGGCAAAAUUCAGAAGAGGAAAAGGUUACUUAUGCAGAAUGUUUUGGAGAGGGAGCGAUCACUAACAAACAAAGUUUAGGAGAAGAAGGAAUUGCUUACAACCAAAUAUCAGUGGAAGAAAAGGUUAUGAAUGAACAGAAGGCAUGUCCAAUAAAAAGAUCUAAUACAAUUUUGGAAAAUACAAGGGUAACAUGUAAAAGUCAGACAGGCAAAGACAUAAACAUGAUGUCGGUGGAAGAAAAUUACUUUCAGCCAACUCAAGUUUCUGGAAAAAAAAUUGAUAACAUUCCAGAAAAGAAAACGAAUCGAGCAGGAAGUCUAGAUGACAACUCACAGCAAGAUCAUUGCCCAGUACUAAGUAAUUCAAAUAAAGAAAAACAAUGUCAGGAAAUGACAAGAAGAUUGCCUGUUGACACUGACAAAGCAAAUGUUAAUAGUAAGUAUUAUUUAGGAAACAUUCAUUCAGAACAAAAUGCACCAUCUAAUGACACAGGAGAUGACCGUGCCAAUGAGACUCUUGUGAAACUUCCAAACCAUAACAUUAACACAAGUAUGUCCGGCCAUAUCACCGCUCUGUCUCAGGACCGGCUUUCUGACACGUUUAUGACUGGUAUUUCGGAACACGUGCCGUCCCAACAGUAUGAUGCCAUGUCAGUCUUUGGUUCCAGAGAUCAAGACGACCCACUGGAUUCUUCUUUUUCGAGUGUUAGACUGUUUGCAAGUGAAGGAUUUCAUUGUCCAACAGCCAUUCAAAAUGCUAGUCGAGAUGAAUGGCCAAAGCGACAACCCUUUGAAGACAAAGAUGUUCAGUGUUCACCUCAACACAUGAUUGCAGUGACCAGGAAACCAGAUGGACAAACGUUGAACAUACAACAAGAAAAGAUGCAUGUUCGUAGUGAUAAUAUGCAUGAUGAAGCUGAUCCUGUAGGUACUACCACUCCAAAGCCUACAGUCUUGCCUGGAUACGGAAAGCAAGGAAAUGGAAAAUCACAACAAGAGAUUCCACCAUUGGGUAGGGAGCUUGCAAUUGGCAUAGCACCAACAGCGGAAACCCGAACUGUUCUGUCAGUACAUAAUGAAACCAGAUCAUCACCCAAUGGUUCUGGUAAUACUGAAAACCAUUCGCAGCUUACUGAUGACUUCAUAGCUUCUGUGGAGCAGGAGGGGACUUGGAUCUUUGACUCGUUUUUUCGUGUUUGCAGAGAAACAUUCCAAAUAUUUAAGGAAAUGGAGAGCUAACAUUAUCUUACUAAACAUCUUGUGUACAAAUAUGGCAGCUCAUUCUUACUGAUCACAUGCUUAACGUAUAAGAUGUACCAGUAUUGUAUGUCCAAGUAUAUUCGGAAAGAAGGACAAUUUUGUCUCUGCUGAUUGCUUUAUACGUCAUCAAAAUCGAUAUUUGGAAUGUAGAGAUUGGAUGUGUUAUUUUGGCCAAAUUAUUUCAAAAAUUUAAUAACAAUAUCUGUGUGCACACUAGUGGUUGUAGGAAUGAAAUGAUCACAGAUCACAGUUGACUAUCAUUUUCAAACGUAAGGUGGUGUUUCCAGUGUAUAUCCGGUAAUAAGCUUAUACAGUCAACAUAAAGGCAUGUACACAGCCCCGGAUUGUCUCCUUACGGAGUUACGAUACCGCAGCUAUGUUGUCAGUAAAUGUAUUCCACAGCCAUCAGUGGUUUAAAUCACUGAGAAUGUAUCUAAUGUCAGUAAUGUAUUCCACAGCCAUCAGUGGUUUAAAUCACUGAGAAUGUAUCUGUUGUCAGUAAUGUAUUCCACAGCCAUUAGUGGUUUAAAUCACUGAGAAUGUAUAUGUUGUCAGUAAAUGUAUUCCACAACCAUCAGUGGUUUAAAUCACUGGGAAUGUAUAUGUUGUCAGUAAAUGUAUUCCACAACCAUCAGUGGUUUAAAUCACUGGGAAUGUAUAUGUUGUCAGUAAAUGUAUUCCACAGCCAUCAGUGGUUUAAAUCACUGAGAAAGUAUCACCAGAGCCAAAAGGUAUUGAAGUUGAUGUUGAAGUUCUAAAACAACACAAUUACAAUAGAAGUACCGACCGACAAUGUCACUAUGUCUCUUAGCGACAACACCAGCCAUGACACGCUCAGUGAAUUAGAAAUGUCCCGAAGAUAUAAAGCAAUAAUUCAUGCAAAAUAGUGUAGGGGUUUUGAAUACACCGUAAUGCUGGUAUUCAAUUGUAAAUAAGUCAAUAAGCCUCAAAGACAAUGCUAUAUACUAAACAGUUUUGGGAGCUAUCCUCUCAUACCUUGCUUGACAACAAGGUUUUGUAACAGACUACACUGUAAUAGUAUACAAAUAAAAUCGGACCUAACCGUUAUUUCAGCAGGUUUAGUUUUUAUACUUUUUCUUAGCUCCCUUAUUGAUGUUUCCUUGGAUUAAUGGUGUUAAUAUACAUUUUUAAGUAUUCUGUCACCUUCAAGUAUCGCAUUUUCAAAAAGAUGCAUCUAAUUAUUUAGAAUACAUAAUAUAGUCUGUGUGAGAUACAGUCAGAAGGGAUUAUUAUAUAUAUAUUGAAAAUAAAUACUCUUAUAUCACUGAACUAAACACUUCAUAACUUCAUUGAGUUCGUAAGUAUUGAUUAUGAAGAGUUCUUUUUACACAACCAAUAACAUUUACUAUGUUUCAAUGUCCACAAAAAUCGAUGUCGAUUCGACUACACUGUAAGCGUAUGUACAA